AUGCUCACCUCGGUCCAGUCUCGGCGUCCGUGCCGCCCAGUGCAUCGCCUCCUCCUUCAGACCCUGGCUACAUUGCUUCUCCUUACGUCUACACUCGGUGGUGAUGUCCUUGCGUUCACUCACUCGGAUGCAUUGGCUCCCCUUGGCGGUAGAGUGCUUGCUCUGUCGCACGACUCUCACGCGAGCGUGGAGCGCCACUCGUUGACGAUCGAGCGCGACGUCAAGCCCGAAUCGACAAGGCUCCAGCUCCGCAGCCACCGCAGGAGGUUUGUGCGCCACAAGCGUGCUCUUGGCAAGGCUUGGUCCGGGUCUUCGUCUUUCAAGAAUGGGAAGAAACUUGGUAUCGGCGGUAGUGAGUGCGGUUGGCUCCUGUGGGAGACGUUUUCGCCGAGACCCGGCCUCAAGCCUCAAGCAUCGUGGCGGACCAUGGAAUGUGCUGAGGCUCGUGCCCAGGAACUGACCUGAAAUAUCCCAAAUUGUUCGUCUUCACAGUGCAAGUCAGUGUCGUCAGUGACGACGAGCUACUUGUGAGUAAACCCCUACCCACCACGCUCCCGCGAAAACUCUGACCAAUUGGCUCCCCCCUGUCUGCACAUGCGGCACAUCGGAUCGAACCAUCAUCAGAGUAAGUCAAAGCAUCGCAAACGGGUGUCGUCAGCGCCCCAGCUGAUGUUGAUAUUUUGCUCUCGUAGUGUAAGCAGACGCUGCUGCUAAGGACUGGCAAGCUCUUCCCCAGGCCCUCUCCUGCUUGCUGAACAGAGUUACCCCCAUAGCUUCGACAAGGCCGAGAACAACCCGCUUCAAGUCAACGGCCACAGUGCGUGGGGUCAAAUCUACACGAUCAGCACCGGAAAAUCUCGAGCGCUCAACCUUCUCACGAACUCAUUCUGGUAAGCUUCGUGCUGUGACAAGGCAGACAUUCUCCAGCGCUCCCUCGUGGCUUCCACUUAAUUGUCGACCGGGAUCUGACCCAUCUGCUUUGGAUCACCCAGUGCCGGGGGCGGUUGGCUCAGCAACGGCACGUUGAUCAGCGUCGGCGGCAACCCCAUCGAGCACGCUGCGAGCAACGCGACUGCCAACGGUAUCGCUGCGCUUCGGAUGUUCACCCCUUGUGACGGGGGCAAAUGUCAGGUCCAGGAGUUCCCCAAAACGGUCCGCUUGACGUCCAAGAGGUGGUACCCUUCGACCGUGCGCUUGCAUGAUGGAUCCGUCAUCAUCAUUGGAGGAUGUAUCAGAGGCGGUUACAACAAUGCUCCCGACAUUGAUAAUCCGACGAUCGAGUUCUUCCCUCCCAAGGGAAAUGGAAAGCAGAUCUUCUUCAAGUUCUUGCAAGGUACGCUUACGAGAUUGAAAUUAGAGCGCUACACUUUCAUUGACACCGACCAUUCCUUUUCAUCUUAGAUGCGCUCAACUCGAAUCUGUUUCCCAUCUCGUUCUCCCUUCCAAAGACGUGAGUCGUCAUGGGCAUGUGGGUGCGCCACCCCAUGGACGCUGACACAAAAUAACGACUGCAGUGGUUACAUCUUCGUGGCUGCCAACAAGAUCAACACUAUAUACGACUGGGUAAACAAUCAAGAAUAUAGACUUCCGGCUGUACGUCUCCGGCUUUGGCUUAGAUCCUUAAUCACAUCGACCGGCCCUUGACCGAAUAUUCUGCUCUUCCUUGCAGUUCCCCAAUGGAGUCGUCGCAAACUACCCGAGCUCAGGUGCAUCAGCGCUUCUUCCCCUGACGAUCGCGAACGGGUAUGCGACCGAGAUCUUGAUCUGUGGAGGGUCGACCCAGAACCUCGACUCGCCUUGGUUGCUCAGCGCUCAGAGCCCGACCUCGACACAGUGCGCGCGACUCAAGAUUAGUGGGACAAAGGCUGUAGGCGGGUGGCAGGUUGAGCAGAUGCCCGAAUCACGCCUCAUGGGGGAUGCUAUUCUUACUCCUGAUGGUAAAGGUAAGCCUCGACCACCCAAAGCUGCGAGUUUGACCGUCAUUGAGUGAGCGCUGACCUUCAAUUUGACUGCGCAGUCUUGCUGGUGAACGGCGCGGGGACGGGAGUUGCAGGUUACGGCAAUGUCGCGAACAUGACAGGACUGAGCAACGCCGGGAACCCAAGGUUACGACCAACCUUGUACGACCCUGUUGCUGCGUCGGGCUCUCGCUUCAGCACCAACUUUCCUUCUUCCAAGACCGAACGACUCUACCAUUCGUCGGCGACUCUGGUUCCGGAUGGCUCGAUUUUUAUCGCGGGUUCCAAUCCCAACGGCAAGGUACGUAGCAUACGAGGGUCAUUCGCGUUCCCCUGCCAAUCUCAUCAAUGUUCCAUCUUCUUCUCUCGGCAGGUCGAGACGAGGACCUACGGAACGAGGUGGGUGUUCUGUCACAGACCUUUCAAACCGGGGAUCGUAACUAAGCGCUGUCCAUGUGAGGCACGCCCACAGAUACAACACCGAGUUUCUUCGACCGCCUUACAUGUCCAGGUCUCGUCCCACGUUCUCCGGUCAACCCAAGAAGAUCCAAUACAAGUCCAAAUACACUUUCUCCUACAAGGUCCCAAGUGGAACCAAGAAGAUUCGCGCGGUCAUCAUUGAUAUCGGUUACUCGACCCAUGGCGUGCACAUGAACCAACGCUGGGUUGAAUUGAAGGUAAUUUCGACCGAUGAUGGAAAGAUCACGAUUCAAGGUCCUCAAGGACCGACGUAUUAUCCUCCUGGUAAGCCUUCAACCCCACUCUGUACCCCUGUAGAGGCAACUGUUGAUGCGCCUGGGUCUACCUGUAGGCUAUGCUUGGCUCUGGAUUCUCGCCGACGAUGUUCCUUCGAAGGGAAAGCGGGUCAUGAUCGGGAAGGGACAAGGUGGGCGUUUUUACGUCCGGGACCCAGCUUGGUCCGGCAAUAUAAGCUAA